UGGUUAGGUCAGAGGAGCUGACAGAAAGCAGAGUGGUCGUCAGUGUGGAUUUAAACAGCUCACCUGGACUCAGUGCGCAUGCGCACGCCCGGGACACUUUACCGUGAGCCCAGCUUCGCGUGUCCGUGCGGCUCUCAGGUACCGCCAUGGGCAGGUAACGUGGAGGACAGAAGGUCAGUCAAACCUCCCUUCCUACUUGGGGCCGUCCAGAAAGUAGCCAGCGUCAUGGCCGAGGACGACUACGGCGCCUUUGUGGACUGGUCCCUGAUGGGGGACCUGGCCAAGAGCAGCGGGCCCACCAAGGUGGACUGCAAGGAGCUGAAGGAGUUCAAGCAGAUGGCUCGCCAAGGCUACUGGGCCAAGAACCACAAACUGAGGGCGCAAGUCUACCAGCAGCUGAUCAGAUCCAUCCCCUGCCGUACGGUAACGCCAGACGCAGAGGUCUACCGCGACGUUGUGGGUGAGGCGGGCGCCAAGAAGCCCAACGCCAACAUCCCGCUGCCGGAGUUUGUGGACGGGAACCCCGUGCCGCGGUACUGCCUGAAAGCGGACGCCGUGGCCUCGGCUCACCGCGUCAUCAACUGCGUCGCGGGCCAGUUCCCAGACAUCUCCCACUGCCCGGCUCUCCCCGCCGUCACCUCGCUGCUCCUCCACUUCAGUAAAGACGAAGCUCAGUGCUUUGAGCACGUCAGCCGCAUCCUGGCCUGCAACGAGCCGGGCAAGCGGCUCCUGGACCAGACCUUCCUGGCCUACGAGUCCGGCUGCAUGACCUUCGGCGACCUGGCCAACAAGUACUGCACCGCCGCCCACAAGCUGAUCGUGGCCACAGCGCAGGACGUGCUGGAGGUGUACGCCGACUGGCAGCGCUGGGUGCUGGGCGACCUGCCCUUCAGCCACAUGGUCAGGGUCCUGGAUGUGUACCUGGUGGAGGGCUACAAGGUCCUCUACCGCGUUGCCAUCGCCCUGCUCAAGUUCUACCGCAAGCAUAAAAUGGGAGGCCAGAACCAGCAGCAGUCCGAUUCGGGGAAAAUCCGCUCCGAUAUCCAGGCGUUUGUCAGAGGCAUCGGCUCCACGGUCACGCCAGAGAAGCUGCUGGAGAAGUCCUUCUCCAUCCGCCUGAUCAGCCGUAAGGAGAUCACGCUGCUGCAGCUGGCCAACGAGAAGUCGCUGCAGCAGAAAGGCAUCACCGUCAAGCAGAAGAGAUCUAGGCGUAACGUGCAGCUGGCUCUCAAUCCUGAAACCUUCUCCUCCGAGAUCGUCAGCGCUAAGGAGAUGCAUGACAUCUGGUCGUGGAUCCCGGAGCGCUUCGCCCUCUGCCAACCGGAGCUGCUCUUCACCACGGCCACCCACGGCUGCAGCCUCAAUAGAUUCUACUCUCACUGUGAGGGCCAUGAACCCACCCUGCUCCUUAUCCGGACUACAGACGGAGACGUGUGUGGAGCCUUCCUGUCGUCUGACUGGGAGGAGAGAAAACGUGGAGGCAACAAGUUGAGUUUCUUUGGCACUGGGGAGUGUUUUGUCUUCAGGCUGAAGCCUGAGAUGGAGCGCUACGAGUGGGUGGUGAUCCGCCACCCGGAGUUAGCUUCUGCCAUCAAGCCCGAGGGUCCGGAGGGUUCCGCCUCGUCUGAAGGCCAGAACGCCGACGGAGGCCUGCAGCAGCCGGACAAGCCCCCCGGAGAGCUGUCGCCGUUCCUCGCUGCCCGCCACUUCAACCUCAACUCCAAAAACACUUCCAUGUUCAUGGCUGGAAACUUUGACUCCAUCAUAGUGGGGGGCGGAGGCGACGGCAACGCGCUUUACAUCGACGCCGAGCUGAACCACGGCCACACGGGCCGGUGCACCACCUUCGACAACCCGCCGCUGUGCAAGGAGAGCUUCCAGGUCGCCGUGCUGGAGUCGUGGGGCUUCCUGGACGCCAUGGCCCAGUAAUCCUGGACGUGAAGGUGCGGCUGGACCAAUCACAGCAGGAGUCUCAUCUCCAUUACGUCGUAAACUUUCACGUUGGGCAGUUCGUGCUUAAAAUCGCAUCCAUCCAGCAAACUCCUCCAUGUACUUUAUUUAUUAAUGCAGUUUGUUUAAAUGUCAAAUUGUAAAGAGUCUAUAUUUUUCUUUAUUUUUGUACAUGCAGAUUAUUCUUAUUUUGAAAUGGAGACUAGAUUAGCGGCGUCUGGUUUUCCGCUGAGCUAAUUUCUACGUUUCAUGUUCUGUGGCGUUUAGUUCGAUCUUUUUUUUUUUUUUUCUCAGCGGUUCUCCAGAGACGAUAAAACGAGCGUUCCCUGCAACAUUUGUGAGGUGAAGUCUUUAUUGUGUGAUAAACGUUAAAUAUGAUGAUGAUGGUGUUCCAUGCAGUUCUGCUGCAUAUUUCCUGCACUUUUUGAUUAUUUGUUUUUCCCCAUGUUUCAAGUAAAUGGAUAAAACAAUUAUAAACUAAGCAAAUGUUUGUUGACUUGUGUCAUAACUUAUAUGCAAAAAUCUGCUUUUUUUGUGUGUCAUAAUGUCAUUUUCUAGCAUUUGCAUCGUUUUUGAAAUGACUGUCUUUUCCAGAAUAUUGUAAAAUGUGGACCUGAGGAAGUGUUGAUGGGUUUCGUGUCUUAUUGUGGUUGGAUGGAGGUUCUCCAGUGGUUUGUGAAUAAAGUAACAAAGACGCUGUUGUGCCCAAUAUGUGAAAAAACAGUAUUACCAGAUUAUACUGAUGGUUGCUGACUUUUUCUCAUCUAAAUAUUUCACAAGUCUUUUGUCAAAGAAAGGUGCUGGAUCAUUUAAAAUCAACUUUUUUUUAAGGUUGAAUCCAAUGAUGGGUGUCAUAACACUGAUAAAGUAUCAGAUCUAGAAACCAGAGAAUAAAAGAAUUUGUCAAACAGUAAAA